GGGCACGGAGGGAGCGCAGGAGCACAGGGCUGGAUGCGGCUGAGAGCCCUCUGGCAGCCCAAGGAAGAUCUCCGCUGGCUGUGAGUGCUGCAGGCGACCGAGCGGCACCUUCCCCCGAAAUGAUGGAAAACACAGUGUUUAUGUCAUUUACGUUCUACAGCACGAUCUUGAUUUUAAAAAUGUAUGUCGUUGCCAUCAUUACGGGACAAGUGAGACUCAGAAAGAAGGCAUUUGCAAACCCGGAGGACGCGCUGCGCAAUGGGGGGCUGCAGUACUAUCGCGACGACCCCGACGUGGAGCGGUGCCGCAGGGCCCACCGCAACGACAUGGAGAACAUCUUUCCCUUCCUCUUCCUCGGAGCCAUCUACUCCCUGCUGGAUCCCAGCCCCGCAGUGGCCAGGAUCCACUUCUUCAUCUUCUGCGUGGGGCGCAUCGUCCAUACCAUCGCCUACCUCCUGCGGCUGAAGGCGCCCACGCGCUCCGUGGCCUAUGGCGUGGCACAGCUGCCCUGCUUCUCCAUGGCUCUGCAGAUCCUCCUGGCCACCACCCCGUACUGGUAACACCCAACGAGACUGAUCAUCCAAACCCCCUCGUCCUGCGCUCUGCUGGUUUCCCUGGCUGGACCGGGUGGUGUGUGUGCGAGUGUGAGUGUGCACAUGUGUGUUUGUGUGUGUGUGCAUGCGGUAUGUUGCCACGGAGGCCGCCUGCGCCGCAGGG